CCAUGGUUUCUUCUCUCGCCCACUUCUCUCUCUCUCUCUCUCUAUUUAACGGCCCGCCAACCUUGCUUUGUAUCUUAUCCAUUUACCAAAAAACGCACACACACUUAUACACACAUAUUCAUUCGGUUUUGAGGGUUGAUUGUAAGGGAUGAAAAGUGCAAUGACCAAACCCCGGCUACGCUUAUAUUUAAUACUUUUUUAUUAAAUCAAACAAAUAAAACUCCAUUGAAUGAACCGACUUAGGACUAAGUCCGAUAAAGUUUCAUUCCUUUGUCUUUUAUAUUGACGAAUCUAGUUGGUUCUUUUACCUCAUUUCAAGAUGUUGUGCCUGAUUUCUCGUUCAGGGAGGCAUUUGCAGAGAUACAAUGAAGAAGGUCGCCGCCUUGUUGUAGGAUGUAUUCCAUACAGAUAUAAACUUGGAGAUGAUGGUGCCAUAAAGGAUGCAUUAGAAGUCCUUGUGAUCAGUUCACAGAAAGGUCAAGGAAUGAUGUUUCCAAAGGGAGGUUGGGAACUUGAUGAAUCUGUUGAAGAAGCGACUCUUCGCGAAGCCCUUGAAGAAGCCGGAGUUCUUGGCAAUGUUGAGUGUCAAUUAGGUAUGUGGAGCUUUAAGAGCAAAAGCCUUGGAACAUAUCAUGAAGGGCACAUGUUUCCUUUGCAUGUUACAGAAGAACUUGAUCUGUGGCCAGAACAAAACAUCCGGGAAAGAGUAUGGAUGACAGUGGCUGAAGCUAGAGAAGUUUGUCUGCACUGGUGGAUGAAGGAAGCCUUAGACAUACUAGUUGAUCGGCUUACAUCCCCGAGGCCCAACAAUGAAGAUUAGUUGGCCUAAAAGUUCUCAAGUUAAGAGAAACAGUUCUGUUACUUUUCUUUGUACAUAAAACAGGUUAAAGCCACAGGUUUUGCCCAUGGAUCUCCAUAACUGGAUGACAUUAGGGCAAAAAUAUCUGUGCCAAGCAGACAAAUUUGAAGAAAUACAUGAAAAUUGUGUAACCACUUGUUUGUUCAUGGAGGAUUGGUGGUGUUGUACAUUAUUGAAUUUUUGUUCCCAGGGGGGUAAAGAGAAGUCCAAAAGAGGGAAU